GGAAGAAGGCCGCGAGGGUCGGGGAGAGAGAGAGAGAGGGGGGCGAUGGAGAUUGUAUGGCAGACGCCGGCGAACCCACCGGAGCGUCAGGAUUACAUAUUUCGAAAGGGGAGACGUCUCGUCAGGCCCUACUACUUCGAAUUCAUCUCUCAUGUCAAGAAUCGAUGGGCAGGCAAAACCAUUGUUGAUUUCUUCGCCCAAGAGUUCAAAGGCAGACCUUUCGAGUACUAUGUGAGCGCUGUUCAAUGCGGGCGCAUUCAAGUUGAUGGAGAGACCGUCCCUGUUUCUUACAUUCUCGAACCCUCCCAGAAGAUUAGCCACUUCUUACACAGGCAUGAACCUCCUGUAAUGGCCUCUGACGUCACCGUGCUUGUCGAAGAGCCAGACGUUGUGACUGUCUGCAAGCCCGCCUCUGUCCCGGUUCACCCAUGCGGUCAGUAUCGCAAGAAUACCGUCAUUGGUAUACUUCAAGCUGAGCAUGGAUUGGCCCCUUUGUUUCCGGUUCAUAGAUUGGAUCGCCUUGUCUCAGGGCUCCUUAUCUUGGCCCGAAAUGCCGCAAAAGCUGAUCUUUUCAGGCAACAGAUUGAAGGUGGAAUGGUGCAGAAACAGUACAUUGCAAAGGUGGUUGGGGUAUUUCCAGAGAAAGAGCUGCUAGUUGAUGUUAGCAUAUAUUAUAAUCCUCGGGAAGGAAGAAGCACAGUCAAGGCGGGUGACUCUUGUUGUGAUCCACUUUCAAAAGGAAAGACAGCUUCCACAAAAUUUACAAGGAUUAGCAGCAAUGGGACUCACAGCAUUGUCUUGUGUGAACCAGUUACUGGACGGACUCAUCAAAUACGAGUUCACUUGCAGCACACAGGACAUCCAAUUGCCAACGACAUGCUUUACCUCUCUGAAUAUGUUGAUAAUCGCUCCGAUGUAGGAAUGAGUGCCGAUAGAGCUGCUGGCAAGUCAUCGAUUUCAGAAACAGACAAUACGUAUGUUGAUGAUUGUGAAGAGACUUGCUGCAAAAAUUUCAGCAUUGAUCCCAUGUGCACACAUUGUCCAAAUUUGGCUCCAACAGGAUAUGAGGAGCACGAAGUGGGGUUAUGGCUAUAUUGCAUAAGAUACUCUGGACCUGGAUGGAAAUAUGAGUGCCCAUAUCCAGGUUGGGCAUUUUUUAGCUAAAGGAGGAGACCGUGAGAUGGGGCUUCUUCUUGUCCUUUCUCUUUUUGAUGGUUGAUAAAGUGCUAAUCCCACCAUGAAAAAGAGUGGUUCUCCAUUCACUUGAUUCCAUUGCAUAUUAUGCAUUUGCAAUUGUUGAACGGGAAAACAUGAGUUGACAACUUCAAUUAUUGUAACCUUGAAGUGGUGUAUGUUUCCUGCGUUCUGAAUGAAGGUCUCUCUGGUUGCAUCGCGUUCCACCUUCGUAUAACUAUGUGAAAGGUGGAAUUAAGGUCUGAGGGGCUUAUUUCCAGGUGCUUGCUGCUUUUCAUCAAUUUCUAAGCUGCACUAAUUCGUAU